AUGGCGGCUAAUCAUCAAGAAUCAAAAUUACUAGUAUCUCAUCAUGAAGAUUACAAUCUUCAGCAGAAGAAGAAAACAGGUAAAAGAAAGAUAGAAAUCAAACCAAUAACAAAUAAACCAAGUAAACAAGUUACAUUUUCAAAGCGAAAAAGUGGGUUAUUCAAGAAAGCUGGUGAAUUGUCUUCUUUAUGUGGUGCUGAAGUUGCUGUUAUCACUAUAUCUGCUGCGGGUAAACUCUUCUCUUUCGGUCAUCCUACUCCCGACGCUACUAUCAAUCGUUACGUUAAAUUUUCGGCACGAAAAAGCGACGAUAUUUCAAACAAUAAUAAUGUUAACGUUAACAAUAGUAUUAAUGUCGAUAAACUAUCUGAGCAAUAUAAGGAAGUUCUUGGAAAUAUUGAGUUAGAGAAGAGGAGAACAGCAGGUGCUUCAUCUUCGUCCAAUGGGAAUAGUCCACGUGGAAAUAUUAAUAGUAAUGAAAAAUUAGGGUUUUGGUGGGAUAAUGUACCUACUAAUGAUCUUGGGAUUAUUGAACUUGAACGAUUGAAGGUUGCAUUAGAGGGAUUAAGGGUUGAAGUUUCUUCGAAAAUCGAGGCGGUUCAUCGUUGUUCUUCUACUAGUUUGUUUCAUCCAAAAUUGGAAUUGGGUUCAUGUAGUAAUGAGAAUGGUGUUGCUCAAGGUUAUGAAGAUUUUGGUUGGAUUAAUAAUAAUAAUAAUAAUGAUCAUGUUUUGGUAAGAGAUCAAAGUAUUCAGCCGUCAUUGUUGAUGCCUAUGAAUACUUGGUUUGGACAUGCUUCUGAAAACUAUGGCAAUUUUUCUAAUUAA